AUGGAGGUGGUGGGGCGGGGGAAGGUUUUGGGUGGGGCCAGUCCUCUCGGUGCCCCUUCCCUUGGUGGGACGGGUACUAGAUUAAAGGCCUUAGGUGGGAGAGGGUCCAAGGCGCAGCUGGUGAAGGCAGGCAGCUGGGCAGCGGGAGCCUCUGGAGGCGGGGACAUCAGAGAUCCCAAACUGGAUUGGAUAGCGAGGGACCUGAGGCCAGGAGCUGCGGCGGCUGGUUGCCCGUUGCUAGGGCGGCACGCGCCUAGCAACAGAACCCCGCGAGUCCCCACCUGCGUUGUUACCGACCGCGGUGCAUUGUGGGAUGGACCGGCUUGUUCCGAGGUGGCUCGGGUGGGGCUGCGGGGGCGUCGGGAUCCGUGGAGCGGGUCGGCGGCGGCCAAAGGAGGCCGGGUAGGGGCCGAAGACGCCAUGAACGCUUCGGUGCUGAAGCGAACGCAGGACGCCCUGUGGGAAAUGGUCAAGGAGCCACCGCUGACAGAGAAGCUGCUCAGCCAGCCCCCGUUCCGCUACCUGCACGACAUCAUCCCGAAGGUAAUUAGAACGACUGGUUUCCUGAAGGGGCUCUACUCAGAUUCUGAGAUGAAAUCUGAUAAUGUUAAGGAGGUGGUGACACUCCAGGAUGUGGCUGUGGACUUCACCUGGGAGGAGUGGCGCCUCUUGUCGCCUCCCCAGAAGGAGCUGUACAAGGAGGUGAUGCUGGAGAAUGCCUGGAACCUGCUCUCUGUAGGGUAAUGAAACUUGUGGAAUCCUUUAAUUAUUUAAAUUCCUCAGCAGUAAUAGACCACUACCAGAAGCACUGCUGAGCUCCUCCUCAACAACAGAAGCUAUAGCAGAAGCCCCAAACAGAUAGGGUAGAAAGACUAAAGAUUUCUCUAUAUUCUGUGAACAAAAACAGUAGUUUCUGACCAGAUAAUGUCAACUAAGUCCUUUUUUCAUUAUGGGGAAUACAGAAUAAAACAAUAAAAUGCCUGAGGGUUCUCCAUUGCAUAAGGUACUAUGUAGUUGGGAGGAACAAGACUUCCCUAAGGAGGGUAGGAUCUCAAAAAAGGAAAUGAAAAAAUUGCCAAGCCUGGACACUAAAAUCUUUUAGGUGACCAAGGUGUGGCUCUUUUGAUUUUAAAAUUUUUAACUAGUGAUAACAAGGAGAGGCUAUGGGCACCUCACCUUGACAAUUCAAGCCCACCACCCCCCAAAAUAGUCUGGCUGACUGAAAACCCUAACACACUGCCUUCACUAUUUUCUAGCCAUGAGGCUGUUCAUUGCCUAGACCUGGUUAUUCUGGCUUGACUCCUUCAGCUCCUCCUGAUCCAGGCCAGGAUUUGACUCUUUAUAACCCAUCCAUCCCCCCAUGCUCCUCUCACCGCCUAGCCCACCUUUGGUACCAUCUCUCUACCCCUGCUUACUAUCUAAGCCUACCCAGUCUCUGCCUUCCCCUGCCCUCCCUUGCUCUUGCCUUGCCCUCCUUUGCUCUUGCUUUGCCCAGCUUUCCCCGCCUACUGCCCAAACCCACACUUUCCUACCCCUUUCUCAACUCCUCCCCUUACCUCACCCACCUCUCCUUCCCCUACUGGCUCAGUCCCUCUCCUUUCUUUUUCUCUUCCCUCCCCCUCCAUACUCUCUUUCUCCCCACCUUCUUUCCCCUGAUCAUGAUUAGCCCCACCCAACCUACCUAGUCUUCUCUACUGCCAGCCCCCAACUUAACCUCCCUUUAGGCUGCCUCCUUACCUCUCAGCCAGCCCCCUCCCCCCAAUUCAGCUCCAGCUCAAACAACAAACGGGAAUCCAGUAACCACAGGCAACUCCAAUCCAUUCCUUUUCCCUCUCAGGGAUGUUCCUACUUAAGAUAAACAACAAUGAUAAAAUCAUUUCCUUUAACAGCUCUAACACAUCUCAGGGACUAAUCAAGACUAAAAAAAGUCUCUGUGACCAGGACAUGUAACCCUAUGUUAGUUGUCAGCCCUGGGAAGACCCACAUCAGAGUGAAGGAAAAAAAAAGUCUGAUAGAUGGUUGGGGGAUUCCCAAUGAUGAAGGGCAGAGUUUGGAAAGUAGAGGCAGGCAGAAUCGUGAGAUCCUAACUCGGUAUCAUUGGAGGAAAGGGCCAAUACUGAGGCUUCAGAAGCUGGGAAGUGGAGCUUUUAGGUCUGGAAAGACCCACCUAGACGUCUGUCAUCUGGACCCUGGGAUGACUGUCAGCAGGACCCUGAGGAGUAGAGAUCACUCCACCUUUUGGAAACCAGCUCUUCAUAUGCAGAUCCCAGGUAAGUCUGGACCAGGAACCCAGAAGGCACCAGAUUUCUGCUGGCUCCCCUUUCCUUUGAGCCUUAUUCUCCCCUUCUUACCUCAUGGUGAGUAUUUUCUGUGGCAAUCAGGAACAUGGCUCUUUGAAUUAGUUACUAGUUAUCCACACUCACAUUCACAUCCCAAAUGUUACAGGGGACCAUCCCCAGUUUUACCAUUGAGUCACACUUUCCCUUCACCUAUCCCCUCUACCUUCUCAGGUGUCCUAUAUCUCUACUCCCAGCUCUUUAUUAGAGAUUUGGUUGUAAUGCCUUCAUUGACACCUAUGGAUUCCUUGUUUAUGAAAUGGUUAUGGCCAUGCCACAUUCUUUGGGUAUUCUGUAGAAAUAUCAGGGUUGGUAUUCAGAAGGUGGCAGCAAUCAUUUUAAUAAGACCCAGAGAAAAGUAGUAAAAACUGGAAAGGGAUAAAGAGGUGGAAGUGUGCUUCUUAGAUGGGAGAAUGUGAUAGUGAAGGAAUUCUGAAUAGAGAAGAAGAUGAGGAAGGGGCAAGCAGAGAGUAUCACUCACAGAACCAUGGACUAGAGUGGGAAUUAUUUGGAAGCCUAGAUCCCAAAGAGAUGAGAGGACUGGGGGCAGGAGUUUGGGUCUUUGGGUAAGUGUGACCUGCUCUUCUGAAUGGAGAGAAGAGAGUAGGCAAAUAUAAAAGUCCUUUGAAUCUUUGUGGUUAGCCAAGGGUCUCAAUUAACAUGGGAGCAUGGUGACAGAAUUGUUUCAUAAUGAUUUAUUGAUAGAAGAGAAAAAAGGGAAGGAGAGAUGGGGAAGGGAACAAAA